UAUCCCUUCCCACAACUCGAUCUCCUCAAUUCCUACCUCAAACCCUUUUUCCUCUUCCUCUUCCUCUUGCUGCUCAUCAUAUAGAUCACUACCACUACUACUAGUACAACAACAGCGAGAACAAGAAACGUUGUUAUACAAUUGUAUAUAUAUAUAUAUAUAUUAUCCUGAAUCUGUUGCCCUUUGAGAUAUAUAUAUAUAUAUAUAUCAUUAGGACAGUAGCACUAUCAACUGUUGUUGGAUUUCAGAGAGAGAGAGAGAGAGAGAGAGAGAGAGAGAGAGAGAGAGUUUUCAAUUCAAUGGAAGAACAAGCACAAGCACAAACUUUAAUAGAGCGUCAGGAUGCAUCAAGGUUCAGAAGGGUUUGUGUCUUCUGUGGCAGUAGCCCUGGCAAGAAGAAUACCUACCAACUUGCUGCCAUUCAACUUGGUCAUGAACUGGUAGAGAGAAACAUAGAUUUAGUGUAUGGAGGUGGCAGCGUUGGCCUCAUGGGACUUGUCUCUCAGGCUGUCUAUGACGGUGGACGCCAUGUCCUUGGAGUUAUCCCCAAGACAUUGAUGCCAAGAGAGAUAACAGGGGAAACAGUGGGAGAGGUACGAGCCGUUUCAGGGAUGCACCAGAGAAAGGCGGAGAUGGCGCGCCAAGCUGAUGCCUUCAUAGCAUUGCCAGGUGGUUACGGGACGCUAGAGGAACUCCUUGAGGUUAUCACCUGGGCACAACUUGGGAUCCAUGAGAAACCGGUGGGUUUGUUGAACGUUGAUGGCUACUACAACUCAUUGCUGUCAUUCAUUGACAAGGCUGUUGAUGAGGGAUUCAUCACCCCCGCCGCCCGCCACAUCAUCAUCUCCGCUCAGACUGCCCAUGAACUCUUGUCCAAGCUCGAGGAAUACGUGCCUAGACACGACGGAGUGGCGCCCAAGUUGAGCUGGGAAAUGGAGCAACUUGGCCACUCUCCAAAGUCCGACAUCGCUCGUUGACUACCAACCUCCUCCUCUGUAUAUAUAUUUGACCAAAACCUAGUUUUUAGGCU